UAGCUUAAUGAUUGUCAGAGAUGGGUUUUUGCUCUACACGUCUGUCUGAUUUCAUUGUUAGAAUUGGUUUGAGUCACCUUGUAGACUAUAAAUAAGUUUUUUUUGUAUUGUGUUGUUCCCUACCAACACCCAGUGUUUUGUAACAUAAGGCUGCCCCACGUGUUGCCUAACUGACACAUGCAGUGGAAGCUUCCCCGUCCAUCAGCUAACGUUAGCUACCAUAACUAGCGGUGCAGUUUUUGGUCAUCAGUGACACUAGUCGCCACACAAAAGCGCACAAAGCGCACAACUUCGGGGUAGGCUAGUCUUAGCUUCCUGUCUCCCGUCAUUAUGAGCGAAUAUUUCUCUCUUUCAGACUGUGAUGUGAUUGGUUUCGAUUUGGACCAUACUCUAUGUCGGUACCAUUUGAAGGAGACCUCCAGGCUGAUCUAUGAAAGCUUUGCCAGGUAUUUGGUGGAGCAUAAAGGAUAUGACAAAGAUCUUUUGACCCUCAGUCCUGCAACCUGGGAUUUUUGUUUCAAGGGUUUAGUAUUGGACCUCGAAGAUGGAAACCUUGUAAAAUUGGCUGAUGAUGGAACUGUUUUAAGGGCAACCCAUGGGUCACAUGACCUUAGCGCGGAAGAUCUACUGAAGCACUAUGGUCCAAAGAGGGAAUGGAAGCAUUUUAAUAGCCUUAAUACCUCGUACACACGAUCUGCAAAAUACUAUUUCUAUGACAACUACUUCGACCUCCCGGGAGCACUUCUCUGUGCAAGAGUUGUGGAUAUGUUGCACAAGCGUGGUAAUGAGGUGACCUCCGACUUUUGGAAAGACAUGAUCGCCUCUAUUGAUCACAACUACAACACAUCAGCAUUUAGAGAGGAUGCUGGGACGUACUUCCCCAGCGUGAAGCAGAACCCGGGCCGCUACCUGCAGCCCUGCUCGGACGCAGUCAAGGCCUGGCUGCGCAGGAUGAAGGACGCCGGCAAGGUGCUGCUCCUCAUCACCAGCUCCCACAGCGACUACUGCAGACUGGUGUGUGAGCACAUCCUGGGGAAAGACUUUGAGGAGCUGUUUGAUGUCAUAAUCACCAAUGCCUUGAAGCCCGGCUUCUUCUCGCUGGUGCCUCAGCAGAGGCCUUUCAGAACACUGGUGAAUGAUUUUGAGGAAAGUGAGGGACUACCAUCGCUGGACAAGCCUGGCUGGUACUCACAGGGCAACUGGCCACAUCUCCAUGAGCUGGUCAGAACCAUGACAGGAAAGCAGGAUCCUAAGGUGGUGUACUUUGGAGACAGCAUGCGUUCGGACAUGUUCCCCGCCAGCAGCUAUGGGAAGUGGGAGACGGUGAUGAUCGUGGAGGAGAUGGAGGGCGAGGGAGUCCCGUGCACCAACCAGGCCAAGAGCAGCGAGGGCCCCCCGGAGCCCCUGGAGAAGAAGGGGAAAUAUGAGGAUCAAGGCAUGAAAGCUCCUUCGGAUGUGUCCGAGCAGUGGGGCUCGUACUUUGUGGACUUACCCAAGAAUGCCGAUGGGGAGGAGGAGGAGGCACUCAAGCUCACCUGGUGCACUCACAGCAUCCACACGUUCAGCACCAUGGCCAUCCCCAGCGUAGAGGCCAUUGCAGAUCUUCCUCUGGACUACAAAUUCCCACGGUUCUCUCCAGACAAGCCCAGCACAACAGGCUACUACCCCCGACCCCCCGAUUCCCUGCUGAAGUGGGCCCAGAGCCAGCCCUGAGUCCCCCUCCGUCCACUGCCUGGGUCCUGGGCCUCUGACGUCCCCUUGCUGCCCCACACUACGCUCCCCCAUCUCUUGAGCACAUAGAUAGCGUCACACCAUGUGAAUGUACUGCCAUAGUACAGCAAAUAAACAUCUCUGUGUUAAGUCUGUUUAGACAUUAUCUGUCAUACUAUUUGAAAAAACAUGUUACCUGUUGAUGUGUGUUGGAGUGUGUCUUAACUUUCUGGUAAACUGUCAAGUUAGUUUACCCCCCUUGCUGUAUUUUGUUUCUGUUUUGAAAGGACUUGAAAAUUGAAAUGGCUUUCCAAAUCUGUUUAUGACUUCCUUUGCCAUACAUAGCCAUUGAUUUCUGCAACACUAUGCAUUGGUUGGUGCCCUUCAAUUGACCACAACCCAUUCUACUUCAUAAGCAUAUAACUCAGGCCAUCAUUCCAAACCUGGCUAUAUUAGGACAUGCUCAUGUCCGAUCAGCUUGUAUUCUGGUCAGCUUGUAUUUUGUGACUUUGUCUUUAAUUUCAGGACGUGUUGUAUUCUGCUUCACAUUUGUUGAAAGUACCCCAUAAUGUCUUAAUAAUGAAUAAAAGACUGAUUGUACUGACUGUGUGAGCUCUUGCAGACUAUAUUCUGUGGAUGGGUGUUUGCCUUGGAGUUCCAUUGUUGUAUACAAUGCUCCAUUCAAUUAUAAUUCUGCCAUAAUGGGAAAUGUUACUGACUACAAAUAUAUCACAUGUGUCGUUCAUACAUCUUAAAGUGAACUUAAAAUAAGUUACACGUGGGAAAAAAGUUGAAAAGCUUGUCUAUGUACUGUAUUGUUAUAUUGUAUGAUGUUCUGUUGAGUGACUACUGUAUUGUAUAUGUGUGGGAUUAAUAUGUGCCAUAUUGUAUGCAGAAGCAAUGUCAGCCAUGCUUUAACUGACCGCUGAAUGAAUUGAAUGUUUUUCAUUGUUAGGUUGAAUGAAAGCUGGCUCUAGGUUGUGUUGUUGUAUAGGUUCAAACAGUAUUUGGCUGAUAAGCACAGUUUAAGCCAAAAUGAGGUGAGCUCAUUUGUUCAAAAUGUUUUCUAUUUUGUAUGUAUCAAGUUGAUUAGCCAUUAGUUCCAGUUUAAAUGGUGUAAUCUUGCUCUUACGGUUAUGUUGUCCAUAGAACCGUUUUAAUACUUUUUGGCCUUGUGGUGUCUCCAUCCAUAGUUUGUACUCUAUACACAUGCAGGGGCAGUGUGAUUCACCUCAUCUGUGGAAUAAAUAAAUACAUAAACCUA